AUGUCGUUCAACCCGCGCAUGUCGAUAAUACCGGCAUCGCAGACUUCGUCGCGCACGACACGCAAGAAGGAGGAGGAGGCCGAUGCAUUCAUGCGGCUGCCGGAGAAGGAGAUCGUAGGAUGCAUCACCGAUAUAGGCAUCCCAUACACCAUUGCCGACCUGCAGAAGCCCAACCCCGUGCAGGUGCAGAUGAUCUUCGAGUGGUUUGCCGAGCUGCUCCUCAACGCCACACGCGAGACCAUCGAGCCCGCCAUGCGCGCAGCUGCCGAAGACGUCUGCGGCGACUUUGCCGACGUCGUCGCCCCGGAUACCCGGAACCUGAUGGGCUUCUACGUUUCCUUACGGCGCCUGCUGCUCGAGUGCGGUAUUACCGACUUCAGCUUCGCCGAUCUCUACAAGCCGACGCGCGAACGCCUCGUCAAGAUCUUCAGCUACCUCAUCAACUUUGUGCGCUUCCGCGAGAGCCAGACGUCUGUUAUCGACAAGCACUUCGACCAAGCCGAGAAGACCAAGGCGCGCAUCGAGACCUUGUAUCAAGACAACCAGGACAUGGAGGCACGGCUCCACGAAAUGCAACGUAACCGCAAGGCUAUGGAGGUCCAGGUCAGGGAGAAGACGGCAAGAAAUGAGGAGUUGAAGAAGAACCUGCUGGAUCUAAGACGGAACCAGGAGAAGGUGGCCGCCAGACUGGAGGAGGCCAAGACGAGGAAAGGCGAGCUGGCCCAGAGGCUCGAACAGAAGACGGCCGAGAAGCUCCACCUCAAGCAAGAGAGCGCAAAACUGCGGCCAUACACGCUCCAGAGCCCGACGGCGCUGCAGACAAGCUUAUCCGAGCUAAAUAACUCGCUCAGCACGGACAAGGCGCACAUCGAAUCCUUGGAGCGGAGGGCGCGAGCAUUGCAGACGUCCACCGACUCCUUCACAGUCGUGGCGGCCGAUGUCGCCUCGUGCAUCAAGACGCUGGACGAGAUUGCCGACGAGUUGUCCAAGGAGGACGACGAGAACAAGAAAAAUGCCAAGCAGAGGGACACCCUGACUGAUAGGGGUAACAACGCCAGGCAGAUUGAGCGCGAGCAGCACCUUCUGGAGAGACAGCUAUCCAAAUGGAACGAGCGGACAGAGAAGCUGAGAGACCAGAGUAGUCAGAAGGCACAGGAGGCCAAGGAAAAGAUGGAGGAGUUGCGUGCAAGACAUAAGGAGUUGACGGAGGAACGAGCAGUAAAAGGCACCGAGGUCGAGAGGCGACGCGUCCGAAUCGAGCAGACCGAGAAGAAGAUGUUGGAUCUCAAGGAAAACAUUGAGAGGGAGGUCCGCAGCGCCCAGGACGAGUAUCUUAAGAUGGAGGCCCACAUCAAGUUGUACAUCACAGAAAUGGACCAAGGCAUUACGUCUUGA